AUGGACGCCGUCGAUAAUCCCACUGGCGCAGCUGCGGAUGGCAGCGGUUGCCAGGUUGCCACGGCUGUCAACCCCCUUACGGAGGACAAACCGACAGUACUCAAGGCCAGCACCGCUUCAGGCACCGAAACAAGUGCCAUUACCGCUGCUGUCCACGACGCUUCUGUGGGCUUGUCCAAGGCUUUUGAUGGACUUGACAAGGUUCCCGCUGAAGCUUACGGGGAUCAGAAAAACGUCGCCUCCACUGUCGCAGCCGGUGUCGCAGCCGAGGCGAGGUCAUUGCUCGGCAUAUUCUCUCACCCUCAUACUACAUCUGUCAAGGCCUGGCCUGCUCGCCCCGACGGCACCAUCUGCUUCCCAGAGCUUGACGACCCUGACUUCGCCGUGCCGGGGCUGGGCGAUAAGGCUCCGAUUGCCGUGUGCAUCAGCGGCGGCGGCUUCCGAGCCACCACUCUGGGCCUUGGCUGGCUGCGCGGCUUGCAGCACCUGGGCUUGCUGAACAGAGUCCGCUACCUCAGCGUGAUCUCCGGUGCUUCGUGGCUGGGUGCGGCGCUGAGCUUCCAGCACAAGGCGGAUGUGUCGACCUUUCUGGGCCCCUACUUGCCGCCCGAGGAAUGCAAUCUGACAGCUCUGGCCAAGGACCCCACACAAGAUAUGACCUUGGUUUGGGGCAGGUGCAUAAGCCAUGGAGGGGCCAGCUGGCAAGUAAUCGGUUCCCGCCCGGCUGGUCGAACCUUAUUAUUGCGUACGGAGGUGGGCGACAAGGGCAAGUCAUAUGCACGUGCUGUGGCGGACGCAAUGCCAUUAUUCACCUUCGUUCCCGAGGUUGCCCUAAGCCCCUUGGAGCACUUUCAAGAGCGCCUGCGUGCACCUUUGCUACUGCUAUCUGUUGAUGCUGCUGAUAAUGCCGAUUAUGUAUCUGCCUUUGACACUGACGAUUUGCUGCAGCACGAUCAUCUGAGGACUUUCCUGCGGCACAAGGAUGACGUUGAGGCCGCCAGGCAGUGGACGCGUGCCAUGGCUGAGGCCUUCCUGAGGCCCUUUGGCCUGGGCGAGGUAGACAAGAGCACCGUGCGGGUUCCCGGAACGAAGAUCGCGGAGAAGGUGACAGAGCGGGCAUCCAAGGUGGGCCGGGGAAACAACAUCUACGAUGCUAAUGUCAAGGACCUACCCUUCCUUAUUAUCGGCCAGGCGCUUUUGCUUCCUAGGGCGGAUGCCAGGUUCUAUCCCUUCGAGUGGACCGCCCUGUACGGCGGCUGUCCGGUAGCGUACAACGACAUUCAUCCCAAGCUGGGAGCCGGCUGGACUGAAACUCUGGGUCUGAACGCGCAGCUGGUCCGCAAGGACACCGUUGCUGACAGCGGGCCGUCCACCGCGGCGGUCAAGGCGGAGGUGCGACCGACGGGCCCAGCAUCACUCGGCGAGGCCAUGGGCAUUAGCUCCGCCUACCUGUCGCUGGUGAUCGGGGAGAAGAGGCCACACCUGCUCAACGUCCUCAAGGAUGCCCUAGGGUUUCAGUCAGCUCAGUACUUCAAUAUGCAGGAUUGGUCCACGAGCGAAGUGCUGCUGAGCGAUGGCGGCGGAUACGAUCUGUACGGCAUUUAUCCGCUGCUGCGCCGCCAGCUGCCAAACAUCAUACUGUUCAACUGCAACGGGGUGCCUCUGCUGGACAACCUGAAGUCUUUUUGCUCCGACAAGGACCUGCCUGGCCUGUUCGGCUGUCUGGAUGACCCGGAGGCCAACCGGCAGCGCCAGGUGUUCAAGCCGGAGGGCUUCCAGCGGCUUUUCGAGGCGCUGCGGAAGAAACAGGCCGUCGGCGAGGCGCCCGUGCACGCCGAUUAUUACGAGGUCCUGGACAAUCGCCAUCUGGGAAUAAAAGGGGGCUGGACCGUCCGUGUCAUGUGGGUGCUGAACGAGCGAAUGGCCAAGUGGGAGGCGAAGCUGCCGGAAGCUACACGCAAAAAGAUACUGGCGCCCAAGAUGCAGGGUCUGCUUCCCCACGAGUCCACCCUCACGAGCUUCCCGUACGUGGAGCUGCUCAGCAUGGACUACAGCCCCGAGCUAGUCAGUCUGCUGGCCAACCACGCAGCUUGGAUGCUCGUCAGCAACAAGGAGCUAGUCACGGACAUGCUGCGAGUGACGGCGCCGCCGCCUGCCGAGGCUGCGGUUGUGUAA